AUUUUAAAUGCCGGCGAUAAAUAUACUCUAUACUUUUUACAAUAUUUGAUGGAGUUCUUUCCCUUAACUGUACAAUUGAGUAAACGACGCGAGGCUGCGAGGCUCGUUCCGCCGCCACUGCCGAGAACAACUGAAGAUUCCGAUUCAUCGUCUGAAGAUUCCGAUUCAUUGUCUAAAGAUUUCGAUUCAUCGUCUAAAGAUUCCGAUUCAUCAUCGGAAGACCCCGACGACGAACGAUCUCAUUCUCCCGACACGAUGGACGUGGACACUCAUAAACUUCUCGAAGCCCAAAAUGAGAACACAGAUCGUGUAUUGUUUGCUAUUCCAGGCCGUGAUUCAUAUCCUUAUCACUUUCAUCAUCGUCUUCUUCGUUGUUCUGACGGUUGUGAUAAUAUUGCGACAUGA